AUGUCCGAUGACCUAGCAGACUUCCUAACAGCGUGGGACUUAUCCCAAUAUAUUGAUACGUUUCGAGUUGAUGACAUUUCAAAUAUACCUAGCCAAAGCUCUUCAACUGAGUCUGUUGAUCUCUCAAAUCUUCCAAAUCUCUCAAAUAUCUCAUCAUCAUCUAAACCUACAAAUUUAUUAGGUCAUCUUCAAAGUACAAAUGAAGGUAGAUCUUUACUUGCAGCCUAUCAAGAAACUGGACUCCUGGAUAGUGUUGGUCGCAAACGCCUGUGCAAUUUAGUUAUUAAUAACGAAUUGAGUGUUGAUGUUAAUAUCAGAGUUUCUUCAUCCAGAUUACAAGAACUCGCAUAUGAAAUUACAACUGUGUUUAACAAAAAACGAACACCUACUUAUUCCAUACCAUAUUUGUCAUAUGGGCCUGGCCUUAAACGAGCCGCUAAAGGAAAACUUCUUGACUGUCUCAACAAUAAAAGGAGAGAGUUUAGAAAAUCAGGAAUUAUUAGAUCAUUGAAACGAAGUUCAACACCAUCAGCUAGACGUUCUUCUCCUCUUAUUUUACUACCUGAAGCACUUCAACUUACAAAUAAUCAGUUAGAUAAUGAUAUUGCAUCUGUUGAAGAUAGCUUAAAUUGGCUCCAUAAUUCUAGUGAUCCUUGGUCACUAGUUGAUCAACAUUGGAAUAUAACUGCUAUUACCCGUUUGAAACAACAACUGUCAAAAAAUGGGCAGUCCAUUACUUCAUAUAUGACUGAAUAUCCAGCUUUAAAAAAGCCAUCAGGAUAUUUUCUUAUUUUCAAAGAUUUUGAUAUUGCAUAUCCUGGGUUUUCUGAUAAAUUGUUUCAAAAUCUGCCAUUGUAUCAGAACCAAAUAUUUAGCUUAACUGCAGAGAAAAUUAAAAAAACCAAAGAACAUUCGAUUAAACAAAUUCUUAAAUAUUAUGUACAAUUGGGAGCUGAAGACCAUGAAGAAGCAUCAAACAUAUCAGCAUUUCUCUACUUGCCUUUUUUAAUUGGAGUCACAAUUUCUAGAAGUAAGAAGACAAAACUUCAAUGGAAACUUUCAAAAUUAGAAAUGCGGGAUGGAUUCAUAACACACAUUCGAAGUAAUGCAGAGGUACAAGAAACUAUAUCACGUAAACAAGAAAAAUUGUUAGGAUUAGGUCAUACACAGCAACCAUUUAUUAUUAUAGUAGGUCCUACUUUAAGUGAAAUUUCAAAUUAUUUUGUUGUGGUUGAUGAUGUAUUUUAUCAGCUAAACUCAAUUCUAGCUGCUGUUGAUUGUUGCUUUAAAACAACAAUAACAUUUAACGCAGAGUAUCCUGUAGAACAGUGUAAAGUUGUAGAAAUUGUGUUGUCAAUUUCACUAGAAGAGAAUAGUUGUUUUUUAUUAGAGAUUUUAAUAGGAGAAAUGAAUGAACUUUAUAUAAAAUAUAGUAAAAAUACACUCAAACCAAAGUUUCAUUUUCUUACACAUUAUCCCUUAAUAAUAAGAAAGUUUGGUCCUGUUGUCCAUUUUUGGUCAAUGAGAUAUGAAGCUAAACAUAGAAUAUCAAAGAUUUCUGCUAGGUCUUCUUUUAAUAGACGCAAUAUUUGUAAAACGUUAGCUAUUAAGCAUCAACUGCAAUUAAACGACAUAUUUACCAAGGGCUUAUUGUGUAAUAACCUUGUUAUAGGUCCUAGUAAAAUAUUACAUUGCUCAAAAUAUAACUUAAUAAAAUCUGAACUCAAUCUUAGUACUGAAGAAACAUCGAUUCGUAUAAGUUGGGCUGAACUUAAAGGAACACGAUACAAAGUGAAUAGUAUUUUGACGAGAGACUUGGAUGAUGACAACCCACAAUUUGUAUAUUCUGUUAAAAAUAUCUAUAUGUAUGGAUCUGAAAACAUCAUUUUUGAGUGUAAUUUAUUAAAUACUGUAGGUUUUAAUGAACAUUUGCAUGCUUUUGAAAUAGAAAUACCAGUAUCAAAUAUGUGUUUCAUUUACCAGGAUUCAUUAAUAUCUCCCAUACCAAACACUUUGAAUGUAACUCCAGAUGGAGUAAGAUAUGUGACAGUUCGAGACCCAUUAUAA